AAAGAAGAUAAAGAGACAAAACCAAACAAAAAAAUAAGUAAUUAUUUUCAUACUCUAGAUUCUCCUCAACAUAAACAGGAUCAACCACUACAUAUUUCAAAUCAAAAUUUAUUAUAUAAUGAUAAUAAUCGUACUCCUCCAUAUAAUGCUUCAUCAGAUAUUUUCACACCCUUACAGAUUCAACAACAAAGCAGUAGUAAAGAGUCAAAUAAACAAGAUUUUUCUAAACAAUAUACCUCUUCACAUUAA